AUGCCUUUCCCAAUAGUUGACUCGCAUAUACACCUAUUCCCAGCAUCCCAUCUCCCAACACUAGCCUGGAACACCACAGAUGGCCCCUUAAGUGCGCAACACAGCGUGGACCAAUACCGACAUGCGACAACCAGCGUCCCCGCCGCACCGAAUUCCAGCAAUGACAAGUAUUUAAGAGGAUUCAUAUUCCUGGAAACAGACCGCAUUUCCUCGACUGAAGAAUCAACAUCGGAAUCCUCAAAUGCUCCAGGCUGGAAACACGCCCUCGACGAAGUAUCCUUCUUAUCGCGCAUCGCGCAGGGGAAGCCCGCCAACGGCGAAGGACACCUAGCCGCUGAUAAAGAUAUUUGCCUUGGAAUUGUUCCCUGGGCCCCCGUACCCGGUGGGCCUAGUGCCUUGAAAGCGUACGUGGAAAAGGUCAAGGAGAGGACGGAGACGGCGGAGGUCUGGCGCAAGGUGUGCGGUGUGAGAUAUUUGGUUCAGGAUAAGCCUUCCGGGGUCAUGCUUGAACAAGGAUUUAUUGACGGGCUGUGCUGGUUGGGGAAACAGGGGCUUGCUUUUGACUUAGGGGUUGAUGCGAGACAAGGUGGACUCGGUCAAUUGCGAGAGGCUGUUGAGAUGAUAGAGAGGGUGUCCAGUGCCGCGAGGGAAAGUGGUGAGACGGCAGUAACUAUUGUGAUCAGUGAGUUUAUCCAAUUGCGCAGUCGAGUGGUUGAUGCUGAUAUUUUGGUAGACCACCUUUGCAAGCCUAAUCUUCGACUUGCGACCGACUCUCUUACUGCACACCCUGAGUAUGUGGAAUGGAAGGACUUGGUCACCCGUAUGGCUCAAGCGAGUCCCGCGAAUUAUAUGAAGCUUUCUGGGGUUUUUUCUGAGAUUUUACCAGUGUCGUCGGAGGAUGAGGUCGAUAUCAAUGGCCUAGCUAGUCAAAUUCAACCUUGGACAGAUGUCGUAUUCGACGCCUUUGGCCCCAACCGUGUGAUGUUUGGCUCUGACUGGCCCGUGGCCAACAUCGGGGGUGGCGGAAAUAAUGUCGCUUGGAGCCGGUGGAUCAGGGUUGUUGAGACUAUUAUAGACCGAAGAGGACUGACGGAAGAAGCAAAGGAGGGAGUUUGGGGACAAGUAGCAGCCAAGGCUUAUGGUAUUCGGCUAUAA